ACUUACUGAGUGACUCAAGAGUUAUAUAUUUCGGCCCAUUUUAUAUUUCUAUUGGCCCAAAAUAUUCAGCUAUUCGAGUAUCGAACCGGGAUUUGGAUUGGGUAAGUGCCAGUUGGAAUUUGAAGGCGUCGUUAAAUGAAUCAUAUGAAACAUCUAUUUUAGUUUCAUCAUUUAUACAUUAUUUCCUUUUAAUUAAACAAGAAGUUUCACACCUUGAGAUGAAACAUCUAUUUUAGUUUCUAAAAUAUACGUGAUUAACAUAAUAGGUUUCUUAUUUUAAAAGUUAUUAAAAUAUAUGUAAAUUUUAUUUUCUGCUUUUUAAAUUUUAAAUUAGACCAGUGGUCAAACAAAAUUAAACCGUAAACCGGAAUUAUUUAUGGAUUGUACAUGUAACAAAUCCAAAACCAUUUAAACCAGUAAAAUUUUUUAUAUUUUUUUUGAUGAAAUUUCAAAUUUAUUGAUCUAUCAAAAAAAAAUGUUAUUUACAUAUCAGUCACCUACUAUGUAAAAGAAACUCUAAUCUGAAGUAUGAAAAUCAAUUCUAAAUCAUAGUCAUCUUCGAAGUAACCCACCCACCCAGCUUGUGCUCUAGCUUGUAUUUUAGAGAACUAAUCCUAUUCUUCAUGUCCUUACCGAUGAGUCUGGGCAUAUGAUCUGUUGAAGUCAUGAUGACGCAUAGCAUUCCUCUUUUACCAUAUGUGGUAAACUGUCAUCUAAAAUGGUAACUUUGCUAGACAAGCAUCCACUCCCUUCACCCCCAUCCUUUGUUAGCGCUGCAACAACCACUGCCAGUCCCGAUUUAUAUUGUUAUCUACAAGUCUUUGAGCAAGAUUCUCUCAUACCGUAUAGAAAAAGAGACAUGCAAAAAACAGAUGGUUCCUUAUCUCAUCCUUUUCUCCACACAGCUCACAUCAUUAACUGCUAAGAUCCAGAAAUCAUGAACCAAUGAACUGGAUAAAACCAAUUUAUUUAUAAUUAAGUGUUAUUAAUCAUUUUUAAUUGUUUUUCUUCUAAAAUGUAUAGAAAAGACACUGCUAUAAAUAAAAUUUUGGACAUUUUUAUUAUUAUUUUUUUUAUAAAUUUCUAAAUAUGACUACAAAAAUUAUAAGUUAAAAUAGCAAUUUUUAUAAUUAUGAUUAAUUAUAUUAAAAUUUUCAAUAACUAAAUAUAACUAUAUUCGUAAAAAUUUCAGAAGAUAAAUAACAAAAUGGUUUAGUUUUUAUUCUAUAAUUAAACUCAACUGAACCCGGUUGAACCAUCAGCUAAAAGCUUUUCCGGUUUGGUUAUGGAUAUGAUUUUAAAAAUAUUGGUUAUAACCCCAUAGUUUCAAAUCCUAUGACUUUUAGGGUCAUCAGCCGUUAGGCCAUUCUGAAAAAGACAAAAGGAGUUAGAUUAGUACAAGUUCCAUUGUUCACUCGAAGUUUUGUAUUAGGACAUUUCCAACCCUACUCCAUUUUUGACUCCAAACUUAAUUAUGGAGUAAAAUCUUCUCCAACCCCAUUUCAUAUUCAACUCCAAAAUGGAGUAAUAGCUAGGAUUACUCCAUUUAUGGAGUAAUUUUACCCAUUACUCCAUUUUGGAGUUGAACUUUUUCUAUUUAUGAAAUAGUCAUUUUAAUCUUUAAUAAUAUAUUUCAUACUUCAAAUAAUAUAAUAACAUGAAAAAAUAUAAUACUUCGCAAAAGAUUAUUUAAUAAUUUACAUAAAAUAUGCAUAAACUCAUAAAAGUCAAAACUAAAAAUAAAUAAUAUAAUAUAAAUAAGUAAUUUAAUAAUUAAUUUGGUAAAUUGUUUUCGAAACUAUCAAAAUCGGUGAAGUAUUAUUCAUACGGAACAAAUGAGUUUUUUUAAUCUUGUGGGUCAAAAUUUUGAUUGAUAACAUUUGUACUUGUUGAACUUGAUAUAUGCACAAACAGUAGGAUCCAAUACAUAUUUCAAAUAACAAAACAAAACUUUGUUUUUUUUAUGUUCUUUUAAUGCAUAUAAAUAUUUUUGAAUUUGAAAAAUUGCAUAUGUAAAAACUGCAUGAAUUGUAAUUGAACGAUAAUCUCUAGUUGUGUUUUUAAUGAUAAAUACUUAAUUUAAAUAAAAUAUAUUAUUAUGGAAAUUUUGUAAAAAUAAAAUAGUUGUGUUAAUUGUUAAAUUUUUAUAAGUUGAAGGUACUACUAAUAAUUAUUAACUAAAUGAAAAAAAGAAUAUAUUUUUUUGGAGUAAAAAAUGGAGUAAUACAUUGGAGUAAAACCCAACUCUAUUUUAAAAUUACACCAUUUUGGAGUAAAAUUUGGAGUAAUACAUUGGAGAUGCUAGUGAAGCAUCCGCGUAAAAGCAAUGUUCUUGCCCAAAACAAAUAAAUAAAUGAUGAGUGUUGACAUUUUGUUUCAAUUAUUGAACUCUAGUUCGAUGAUAACCUAAUUAAUUAUAAGGAAACAUAAACAAAAGACAGAUCAAAUAAUCACCAAAUGAAACUAAACUCAAAGGUCAAAGUCACCAAUAAUCACCAAAUUUUAUGUGUUGUUAUUUUAUCAAAAAAAAAAAAAAUUAUGUGUUGUUGCAUGCACGUCAUUUCUGGACCAGCAAAGCCAGUUUUUACAUGUAUUCUUUGCGUCUUUUUAAAAUGAUCUAAAAUCACUAUUCAUAUUUUUUUUUGGUUAUCAUCACUUUUCAUAUUUUAGCCAUGGUAGCACAUUAUUAACACUUGGAUCGUUGAUUUUAAAUCUUUUAUAGAACAUGAAUCAAAUUUGACUUCUUAGUUUAGUUUUAUUUUGGUUGCAGACAGCUGACUCUUUUUAUUUAUUUAUUUUUAUAAACUGACCACCAAAAACCACAUCGGCGCUUCUUCUUUUUUGAUAAAGGGUUUCACAUCGGUGCUUAUUUGCUUUCAACAAUUUCCAUUAUAACAUUGUUCAGAAAAAAAAAAACAAUUUCCAUUAUAACGAGACAUCUCAAAAGUUUUAUGUGUGUGUGUGUGUUUUUUUUUUGUAAAUGUACCACUAAAGAAUAAUGGAGAAACAUCCUCAGGCACUUCGGUUAUUUGCGUUGAUAUGCAUCACUUUUUCUUCCCUUUUACAUAUCGUUGAAGCUCAGGACCAAAAAGGAUUCAUCAGCUUGGAUUGUGGCUCACCACCUAACGAGCCUCCUUACAACGACGUUCAAACCGGACUAACAUUCUCAACGGACAACGGUUUCGUGCAAACUGGCAAAACCGGAAAAGUCCAAAAGGAGAUCGAGUCGCUCUUCCCUAAACCGGUUUGGAAUCUCAGGUACUUCCCAGAUGGAAUCAGAAACUGCUAUACCUUGAACGUCACGCAAGGCUCAAAAUAUCUUAUCAGAGCUUUAUUCGUGUACGGUAAUUACGAUGGUCUUAACGAAUACCCGAGUUUCGACCUCUACCUUGGUCCAAAUCUUUUGGAAACGAUUGAUUUGAGUCUAUGGACAGGUGGAAUGUUCGAGGAGAUCAUCCACAAACCCAUAUCUAAGACUCUGCAGGUCUGUUUAGUUAAGACAGGAAUAAGUUAUCCUAUGAUUAAUACGUUAGAGCUACGACCAUUACAGAACAAUAGUAUUUACAAUACUCAGAGCGGCUCUCUGAGGCAUUUCCGACGGAAUUAUUUCAGCACUGCAAGCCGUACCGUAAGGUAUCCCAAUGAUGUUAGCGAUCGUGCAUGGAUACCCAAUUUCAAUGAGAAAAACUGGACACAAGUAACUACCAAUCUCACCGUAAACACUUCUAAUGGUUAUAACCCACCACAAGUCGUGAUGGCGUCAGCCUCAACGCCUAUAAGUGCUUUUGCGUCCUGGAAUUUCACCUGGUUAUUGUUUCCUUCCACGACCCAAUUUUAUAUCUACAUGCACUUUGCCGAGAUUCAAUCUUUACAGGCCAACGAAACCCGAGAAUUCAGUGUAUUGGUGAAUGGUGAUCCUAUGCACGAACGCUAUAGUCCUAAACCGUUGUCCACAGAAACGUUAUCCUACUUCACACCACAACAAUGUGAUAAAGGAAAUUGCAUCGUAGAGUUAUUAAGAACGUCAAAAUCUACUCUUCCUCCUCUCAUAAAUGCUAUCGAGAUUUACAUGGUGAUCGAUUUUCCGCUGUUGGAAACAAACCAAGAUGAUGUUCUUGCUAUCAAGAGUAUCCAAAAUACUUAUGGACUGAGUAGGAUUAGCUGGCAAGGGGAUCCUUGUGUUCCUAUAGAGUUCUUAUGGGAUGGUUUAAACUGUGACAACUCAAAUGCUUCAGAGCCACCUAUAGUCACUUACUUAAAUUUAUCAUCAAGUCAACUAACCGGGAUCAUCGCGCCUGGCAUUCAAAAUCUAACCAACCUAAAAGAAUUAGACUUGUCAAACAAUAAUUUGACUGGAGGAGUACCUGAGUUUCUUGCUGGCAUGAAAGCACUCUUGGUCAUAAAUUUAAGUGGGAACAAUCUGAAUGGAUCUAUUCCUCAAGAUCUUCUUAAGAAAAAAGGACUAAAACUAAUUAGUGAUGGAAACCCGGAUCUUAUUUGUGCGGAUGAAUUAUGUGCUAACAAAUCCGCUGGUUCCAAGAAAAAGUCUAGUGUAGUACCUAUUGUUGUAUCGGUUGUAGUCGUUGUUGUUCUUGGAUCUGCAUUGGCUUUCUUUUUUGUAUUCAGAAAGAAAAAGACACCAAACAGUGCAGAUCCUAGAACAACCAGAUCUUCAGUACCGGCAAUAAUGACGAAAAACAGAAGAUUUACUUACUCGGAGGUUGUAACAAUGACAAAUAACUUUGAAAAAAUCCUUGGUAAAGGAGGAUUUGGAAUGGUCUAUCAUGGAACUGUAAAUGGUACUGAACAAGUAGCUGUUAAAGUGCUCUCACACUCAUCUUCUCAAGGGUAUAAAGAAUUCAAAGCAGAGGUGGAACUUCUUCUCAGAGUUCACCACAAAAAUUUAGUUCGCCUCGUCGGAUAUUGUGAUGAAGGAGAAAAUUUAGCUCUCAUAUACGAAUACAUGGCUAACGGAGACUUGAGAGAACAUAUGUCGGGAAAACGAGGUGGAUCUAUUCUGAAUUGGGAAACUAGACUAAAAAUAGUCGUCCAAUCUGCACAAGGUUUGGAAUACUUGCAUAAUGGAUGUAAACCACCUAUGAUUCAUAGGGAUGUCAAAACCACAAACAUAUUAUUGAAUGAGCAUUUUCAGGCUAAGUUAGCUGAUUUUGGACUUUCAAGAUCUUUUCCAGUUGAAGGAGAAACUCAUGUGUCCACGGUUGUUGCUGGAACCCCUGGAUACCUUGAUCCAGAGUAUUAUCGAACAAACUGGUUGAACGAAAAAAGUGAUGUUUAUAGCUUCGGAAUUGUACUAUUAGAGAUCAUCACAAAUCAGCCUGUAAUCAAUCAGAAUCGUGAAAACCCAUAUAUUGCAGAAUGGGUUGGGGUAAUGCUUACAGAAGGAGACAUCCAGAACAUUGUGGAUCCAAAACUCCAUGGAGAUUAUGACUCUGGUUCUGUUUGGAGAGCAGUUGAACUAGCAAUGUCGUGUCUAAAUCCUUCGUCAGCUAGAAGACCAACUAUGUCUGAAGUCGUUACCGAAUUAAACGAGUGCUUAGCAUAUGAAAACUCAAGGGAAGGAACAAGCCAAAACAACUCACAGAGUUCUAUAGAAAUGAGCAUGAACUUUGGUAUUGGAACUACCCCUGAUGCUUGCUAGACAGCAAAAAAGUAUAUUAUCUUUGUUCUAUUGGGUUAAUCUUCUUCUUUUAAACAAAUUUUUUUUGUAAUGAAUUUUUGUCAUUGGGUAAUGUGAUUUGUAUUGCAAUCAA